AUGCCAUCUCAUAUUGCCUUACUUGCUGUUAUCAUCUCUAUAAAGAAUAAUAGUAUUUCUUCUUAUGGCCUUGCUAAAUAUAAACCUUCCGAACAAACGUCUCGUACCAUUAGAUGGAAAUAUUUUUUCUCUAAUAAUUCAUCUUCUCAAUUAUUCGCUCCGGGUGAUUUGGUGUUUUUUUCCGGUAAAUGUGCUGUUGAAGAUUCUCAACAGUGCAUAACUGUUGCCUCUGCUAGUAUUGUCGAUAAUCAAAAUCCGAAUCGUGAAUUUGACCUUACUAGUGUCCCUAUAUGCGUUCCGCAUUGCAUGAUUUCUGUUGUCGUCAACCACAACGCGAAACAAACUGAAGAAUUCAUUUAUUUUGGCGUUGAAUGCGUAGAAUAUAAUUCGGUGACCGGUUCUUCUAAUGUUAAAAUAGAAAUGACUGUUUUAUAUCCCGUCCAGUCUAAAAGAUUUAAGUAUUUGGGUUCUUUAGGGUCUAAUAUUACAGUAGGAAAUACCUACAUCGUAUCUGGUUUCUUUAGAUUUUCAGAUUCUGGAAAAAUAAUGAUAGAGGCCACUGAUAUUGAUUAUUCAAAACCGCCUGUUCUGACUUUUAACAUACUCGAAAUUUCUUCCUCUUCAUCGUCACACACUCACUCAAUUCUCGAUAUUAUAGCUGAUGACAUCUAUUUCACCUCCAACCACCCGUCUAAGAAACCUUCUUAUAGUGAGCAUGAUGCUAUUCCUAUUCCCAGUUCAUCCAAAGUUUUAUCUACAUUACCCAUUAUUGAUGUUGAGGCUACUGCGUCGGUUGAAAAAAGCAAUUGCAUUGAUUUAGAUGCAGAAGACAAGGAUAACAAUAGUGAACAUAACUCUGAGCAUGAAUAUAGUGAAAAUGAAAACUUGCUGGAUGAAAAUGAUCAAGAAGAAGACUAUCAGCCUAAAAAGAGAAAAAGAGGUACAAAAACAGUAAAGAAAAAUAAAGGAAAAAGAGUAACAAGAAGGUGA